UGUGCUUCCCAACUGUGUGUCUGAGGCCCUGGCUGUCGCUGUGCUGCAGAGUUCCUCCGGGUUCUGGGAACUUUUUAUGCCCACAGGUUCCACAGACCUGUGGGCAUAAAAAUGCUUCAUCAGCAUUAAAACCGUCCAGUUUGGACCUUCCAGAAACCAAGAAGAGGAAUUGGGGAUUUUCUGAAAACAUUUAGCCUGCCGUCAGCAGGUUUCCUUUGGCUCUGCUCCGAGGAUUUAAACCCAGAUGGAUGAGCUGGAGGCAUCAGAGCUCUGGAGACACCAGCUGAAGAUGCCACAGCACAUCACCGACAUCGACGUUUCUGUGAACCAUGCCGAGGAGAAACAGCUACGGAAACUUGGCUUCACUCAGAUCCACGUGGAUCUGAACUCCGACACUGGAGGAAACCCAGUAUACCUCUGGUACAAAACCAGUGAGUGUCCCGCCAUCACCAGGAUCCAGUUCUCCUUCACCGAUGAGAUGAGAGAAGGCCUGGUCACCGAAGGGUACCACAAGGUGGACAAAAACCUCAACAAAGGAAACAGCGGCAGCGCCAUCUACCUGUGGUUCUUCAAAGGCUGCACUGAUUACGACGUCCCGGUGGUGGAACUGGACGUCUCCACCGAUGCCCAGAGCGACGCCAUGAAGGUCCAGCCGCUGUGGGAGCGGUCAGCCUGCGACCUGAACCGCCGGGCCAGAGGGAAGUGGAUCUACCUGUGGAUGAAGAGGGAGAGGCAGACCUACAUCAGCGACAUCACCGCCACCGCCGACACAUCUCUGGACUCCAGCCUGUUCCGCCAAGGCUACACCCGAAUGGACGAAGACACCAACAGAGACGCAGGCGGGGCUUUCGUCUUCCUCUGGUACCGGCGGACCGCCGACAGCCAGAAGGCCGUCAGAGACCUGCAGGUCUCCACUGACGGGGAGUCUGAGGAGAGUUUCCAGAACCAGAACUACCAGCAGGUGGAGCUGGACCUGAACCAGGGAACCAAAGAAACCCCGGUGUACCUGUGGCUCAAGACCGAGGAGUGCAGCAAAGCGCCCAUCAAGAUGGUGUCCCUGCUCCUUGACCCCAACGCGGUGGAGCCCUACAUGAACGCUGGCGUAGAGGUCAUCGAGAAAAACCUCAACAAUGCUGGCUGCGAAGAGUUCCUGUGCUUUAACUAGGCUGCAGUGUUUCUGAGCAUGCUCAGUGGGAGAAAUGAUCCCAUCAAUCUGAUCGUAUCUGAAUCUUAAUAAAGCAUCUGAUCAUGUC